AAGUCACCCUUACACAUCAUACACCGGGAGCACAUAGUACGCCGGCCUACUGCAACUAGACCAAAUGCUCCCACCUCGAGAAGAUAAAUAAAUAUUCUUUCUUUUAUCUUCACGGGGUCGCCUUCUGCGAAGUUUUCUCGGCACGCCCAAACAGAUCUCGGCUUGGUUCAUUUUCCCCCUAAGCAAAAAGCUUACAGCUCUUGAUCGGAGCCUCUGUCCUCUCCGGCCAUGGCGUCUCAGGCGCACCUCGACAAGAUGCAGCUCCGCCAGAACUACCGCAACCUCUGGCACACCGAUCUGAUGCACGCCAUCCAGGCCGAUACUCCAUAUUGCUGCUUCGCGUUCUGGUGUGGCCCAUGCGUCUCGUACUUGCUCCGUAAAAGAGCCCUGUACAAUGAUAUGUCAAGGUAUGUGUGCUGUGCUGGUUACAUGCCUUGUAGUGGCAGAUGUGGAGAAAGUAAAUGCCCGGAGUUCUGUCUUUGCACUGAGGUUUUCCUCUGCUUUGGAAAUUCAGUGGCCUCAACUCGCUUCUUGCUGCAAGAUGAGUUCAACAUUCAGACUACCAAGUGUGAUAAUUGUAUCAUCGGUUUCAUGUUCUGCCUCCAACAAAUUGCGUGCAUCUUCUCUAUAGUUGCAAUGAUAGUUGGCAGCGAAGAACUUUCAGAGGCUUCUCAGCUACUCAACUGUUUGGCUGAUAUGGUCUAUUGCACGGUCUGUGCAUGUAUGCAGACCCAGCACAAGAUUGAGAUGGACAAGCGCGACGGCAUGUUUGGUGACAGGCCGAUGUCAGUCCCACCAAUGCAGCAGAUGUCUCGCAUUGACCAGCCUUUCCCUCCUCCAGUUGGCUACCCGCCUCAGCCCUCAUAUGGCUAUCCUCCGCCGCCCCAGGCCCCAGGAUAUCCUCCACCUCCCCAGGCCCCAGGAUAUCCUCCAGCGGGCUACCCUCCUGCAGGCUACCCACCCCCAGGAUAUCCCAAGUGAUAGCUUCCCUCUUCUCUACACACCGAGAAUUCUAUUUCUUCGUACAUGGUCUAUGGAGUACUAUAAUGCCAAUUGUUGAUGGUGGUCUUGUUCUUAAGCUGGUACUUGUGUAGUCAACUUAUGUGCAGACAGGACAACGGAAUGUAAACUGAGGUGUUAGUGUUUCUAUCUUUCACAUUUUUUGUAUCUCACGUUUUGAAGCUACCCUCUUAUGUGCGAACAUGAUAUAUCGGACGAAGAGCGAGUUCUAGUGUGUUGUUCCAUAUCGGAUUUGUUCUGUUUCUCUUUGAUUUUGCGGAGCAUUCACUUCCUGUUUCCCUUAAUAAAACGUUUACCUGGUUCGUGAUUC